AUAUAUGCCGGUAUCAGUUUAUAAUAUCAAGAAGGUAAGUAGUAAAUAACAGUUGCGCAGUGAAAUGAAGAAGUAAUUUUAACCUUGAUCAGUUGUUUAAAGUGAAGAUGAACACACUAGGAUAUAUUGUUGGGAUUGCCCUUAUUUCUGUUGCUAUUUAUUAUGGGAUUAAUGCAUGGAAAUCGCGCGAGAGAGAAGCUUACAAAAAUAAAAUCAGACGUGGACUUGAAACUCUGGAUGAGAUUAAAGAACACGCCAAAGAGUUUAACCAGAAAAGUAUUGUAAAGGUAACGGACAACAUUUACAUGGCCAUUGGUUACGCUUUAGCGAAUUCCAUCAUGAUAAUAGGUCCUGACGGUAUCAUCAUUGUUGACGUCACGGAAAGUUACGAUUCUGCUAAGGAGAUCUUCGCCGAGUUCCGGAAAAUCACGAAUAAACCAGUCACAGAUAUCAUCUAUACUCACAACCAUGCUGACCAUACAUAUGGAGCGAAGGCUUUUGUGGAAGACGAAAACAACCGCCCGAACAUAUGGGCUCACAGAUCAAUUCUGAAAGCACUGGCAUUGAACUUUAAUGGUCCAAAUGUUGCACAUUACGUACGUGCGAUGAGGCAGUUUGGCGUUUUUCUUCCGGAGUUAUCCGCUGGGAUUGGGUUUAAGCUAAAUAUUGGAAAAGAAGGAAUGACCACCGGUUUCCUAUAUCCCAACAAGUUUAUUGAUGGAGAGGAGUUAGAUAUCAGUUUGGCAGGAAUACCAAUCAAAAUCCUCCAUAUACCUGGUGAAACAGAUGACCAGAUUGGAGUUUGGGUCCCUAAACAAAAAGCAUUCCUCUGUGCCGAUGAUCUAUACAAGGCUUUUCCGAACCUUUACGCCAUACGUGGAACGAAAUCACGAGAACUUAUGCAGUGGGUUAAUUCACUUGACAAAAUGAUAGAACUGGAACCGGAAAAGUUAGUCCCUAGCCAUACAAGACCUGUUAUUGGGCGAGAAGAAAUUAUGAAACUCCUUAUUGAAUACAGAGACGCUAUACAGUAUGUCCAUGACCAGUCUGUUAGGUUGAUCAACUACGGCUAUCAUCCAGAUGAAAUUGGUAACAUUGUGCAGUUACCAAAACAGCUCUUAGCGAAUCCUUUUCUGAAAGAAUUUUACGGAACAGUAAAAUGGUCGGCUAAAUCGGUUUUCAUUGAUUACGAGGGCUGGUUUAGUGGUGACCCGGUUGACCUUGAUCCACUAACUCGGAGUGAAAAGGCAGAAAGAAUGGUUAAAUUAAUUGGCACCGAAAAGAUUGUUAAGAGUGCCAAAGACGCUUUAAAUUCUGGAGAUUUUCAGUGGGCGCUUGAACUCUCUGCUUAUGUACUAAGAGCUGAUCCAGGUCACAGAGACGCAAAAGACAUAAAAAUUGAAUCGCUAACUGCACUUGGAUCACGACAAACAAGUGUCAACGGUAGAAAUUAUUAUCUUACUUCAGCUCUGGAAGAAGCUACCGAUCUGAAGUUCAAAGCUUCCAAAGAAACGAAAGAAGCUCUUGUAAGAGAAUUUCCUAUCGACUAUGUCAUUUCGGCUUUCUCUGUAUUAUUCAAACCGGAAGACUGCUCAGACAAAAAUGAAACUUUAUACAUUGAACUGGAUGAGCCACCGUCCCAUCAUUUUAUUCAAUUUCGAAACGGUGUAGCAAUUGUUAAGAACAAGGCGCCUAAACAAUGGGAUAUAAAGUUAAAAACAUCUGAAACUGUUUGGAAAGACGUUAUAUUGCAAAAUCGAAAUACUUUAGCAGCGAUAGCAACAGGGGAAAUACUUAUAGAAGGUGGUACACUGGCACUAAAUUCCUUUAUGGGCUGCUUCGAUAAAGACAUAACUUUUGUUGCUUAACUUUUAAAAAAAAAAAUACGUUAAGGACACGAAAAUGUAAACGGCUUAUUAAUGUUCAGAGAAAUCUGUCAUCUUGCACGAACAGGGCUGUUCAAAUUGUAGUGAAACAAAUCUGACAUACAGAGUUAUCGUUCUUCGACUUCCGCUGCUGAAGAGAAACAAUAGCUGUUGUGAAAUGUUACAAAAUGAAGCCAGCGUUUAUCUAUUGAUAUUUCUGUCAGAAUUUUCAUGUUUAUCUAUGUACAAUUUAUGUAUCUGAACAAGUACUUUUUACUGCAAUG